UACUGACCGCGACGUUGUUAAAUGCGAACAUGCGCUUUGUAAAUUAGAAAUUUUGCUGCGUUGCGUAUUUAGCAGCGUAGGAGAGGGUUUUCGACGAAAAUAGCAAAAAUAGUACUGAAUAUUUCGAAACCUGACAAGGACACAUAGUCUUUGUUCCCCUCCUAAACGAACAUGUCUUCGGGCUUGGCGUCCCGCUUGAAACAUCCCAGGAAACACGAGCUGGUGAAGUCCCACAGUCAAGCUCAGCUGUUGGCCAACAAACUUCGUCAGGAUGGAGUCAUGGUUGCAGUUGAAGGAGUCCUGCAGGCCGUCGACCAGGUGGCCGCCCUCCUAGCAUCAAAUUUGCAGGAUUUCAACUACAAAGACAGCAUCAUUAACUUGUGCCAACAUCUCAAGGUGUACGGUGCAUAUUUGGAAAUACUCUACAAAGAGCAGCUGGACCAUGCUUUCAAGAUAUUCCGCGACAAAGCCCAAGACAACAUACGAGUCGAUAUGCUUUCCCGAUUACACUUACUCGAAUUAAUCGAAUUGCGAGCGAAAGGGUGGAAGGGAACCGAUGGUAUGAACAUGUACUACAAAAAGAAAUUGAAUCAGUGUUCACAGGUAGAUCUCAGUGAUACCAUAAGCCUUAGUGAUUCCAUGUCUUCAAUUUUAACGUUAAAUUCUUCCCCGCCCUUGCUAGGACCCGGCGAAGUAAUAAAGCCGUCGGGCAAAUUCAAUAAACCUACCAGGAUACCUGGUAAAAAAUACUGCAAAGACGAAGUUGUGAUCCGAAAUGCUGAUUCCGGUAAAGUGAUGGGAAUCAAGGGAAGACGGGUUCAUAUGAUAGAAGAACUCAGUGAGACUAUCAUAUCCUUCCAGAGAGUGAGCCCCGGCGCUAAGGAGCGGUUGGUGCAAAUUACUGGAGCUAGCGAGGAGAGCAUAAAUCAUGCCAAGCAGCUAAUUGAAGAAACGAUUCGAAGAAAUGCGUCUCCUGUUCGUGAAGGCAGUGCCGGCGCAGCAGGGCCUCUAACUGGCUCCAGUUCCAGUAUUAAUUCUUCAGCCUCAGACGAUAGCGCUCUGCCAUCUUCAAUGAGGGCUUCGCGUGCCCUCAUGCACAGUUUGAGCACUCCGGACGCCAAUGUUGGCGAGUACAAGUAUACGGUGAUUGCCAAUGGACACACCAUCAAAAUUACUGGCGAUAACUUGGAUUUGGUUCGGACCAGCAAGCUCGUUUUAGACGAGUACUUUUCGGGUGAACCAAUCCACGAUAUGGCUCAGUUUUACAGUUUCGACAGUUUGCCGCAACCGAUCGUGCCGGACGAUUUGGAUGACCCGCUUUUGCCACGAAAAUCUACAUCGCCAGUCGUUAACGGACAACCAAUACCAGUUGCAGUUAAAGAGGAGCCAGAUCAUGAGCUGAAGCUGAGGAAGCCCAGACUCUCAAGUGAGGAUUCCCUUAAGAAGUCUCCAGACAAAGACCUACUGUUGAAUGCAAAAACGAAUUUAGCGAAAAGUCGCUUUGUGUAUUCUAUUGAGGUUCUCACUCAAUUGGCGAUGUCCCCGCUAUGCUUAAGUGAGCCAAUGGGAUGGGAUAGCAUUGCCCAAGAGUACCCAACAUUGGUGCGCAAGGUGGUGCAGUGUUUCGAUGCUCAAGAAUACUUGUCCAUUCGUUCCGAAGAGCCUACUGGAGUGUUGAACGCAGAAGAUGACAUAGAGGAUUAACAGGUAGUGUAACAGCUUUGUUGCUACAAAUCGAAAAAGAAAAACAAAAAACCUAAAAAAUCUAAACAUUGUUGAGAUUAGAAAAUCCGCUUAGUUAAUAUGUCGAGGUAUAUGUGCUGUGCAAGAAUUAGAUAUUCUUAGCUUGAUUUUGAAAAUCUAUGCCAAUCGAAAAUUAUGGUUUUCAAGUCGAUUUAAUACCAUUAAUUUCUCUACUCGGUGAUAUUGUUUGACUCAAAGUGAAAUUAUUACUACUGACUGACUUAACUACACUCUACUUAACUUUAAAGUUUUGUUAGUCUAGUUUACCAUAUUUAUGUUAGUUAACAUACGUAAAACUAUUUUUCUAUCAUACAAAAAGAUAUUUGCGAUCUGAUUUAUUAACCAUAUAGAUAGGAUUGGACAUCAGUCCGUAAAAGACGUGUAUUAUUUAGUGUUUCAAGUAGAAUCUCCUAUUUGGCUGUUUUCCUCUUGUUAUUUAUACUAAUAAGUUAGUCAACUUAAUUAUUUGUUUUUGUUUUUGAGUUGUUUUCGUUUAAAUCUCUAGGAGUAGUUGAAUGUUGAAUUCGUUUUUUUAUUUUAAUAUUUGUUUAUAACAAACCUUACCGGGUGCGUAUUAUCUGACGUUUUUUGUAAAAAUAAAAUUGGUAUAUUAUCAAAA